CGCUUCUGGUCAAAUGGUUUCCGAGAUUUGUCAUGCAUAGACGCGUCUGAAAACGAGCCUGAACCGCUGCCUUUUUUUACCUCAGCGCAUCGCAUCGCAUCAAAAAGUGCGCGACAUCCGCGACCGCUUAAUUAUACUAUCGGCUAAUGAAUAAUUCUGUGACGGUGUGACUAAUGAACUUGCAGAGAGAGUGCCACGUUGUUUAACAACUUGAUUUCAUCUCAUGAUUGGUUUUGACAUUAGACUUUUACAAAUAUGAAUUCUGAGGGACAUGUGCAACAAUAUGGUGAAGUAAAUCAACUCGGCGGUGUUUUCGUCAAUGGCCGACCACUACCCAACGCAGUUCGUCAACAAAUCGUCGAAUUAUCACGUGUGGGCAUCCGUCCAUGCGAUAUCAGUCGACAACUAAGAGUAUCACAUGGCUGCGUGUCGAAAAUCCUCGCACGAUAUAACGAAACCGGUUCAAUCUUACCAGGGGCAAUUGGUGGCAGUAAACCACGUGUGACAACACCCAAAGUAGUCGCCUACAUUCGCCGCCUGAAACAAAAAGAUCCCGGAAUAUUCGCCUGGGAAAUCCGUGACAAACUCCUCAGCGACGGUGUCUGUGACAAAUUCAACAUACCAUCUGUAUCUUCCAUCAGCCGCAUCCUGCGUAACAAGAUUGGGUCGCUUGUUCACGGUGCGCAUACGCAUUCACACACAGCCGCCAUGUACAACGCAAUCUAUCCCAGUUAUCCUUACGCGACCGCCGCGGGCGCGCAACCCAAACUACACUCACCGACGAAUCAGCGCACGACUACACUACCGACGGGCCACUGUUGGACGCGGCCAAGCCUGCAUUCGGUCGACAACAUCCUCGGUGUCGACACGGCCGUUGCCUUCCGGUCGCAUCAUGGUAAUUCAGGUCUAUUGUCGGCCAUACCUGCGCUACCUGCGCCUUCGGAUCAUCAAAACUACAACUACUACACGUACUUCACGCAGAACGACACCGGCAAGGCGAUGCACAUGGUCAACGGCGUGAUGGGGCACACGCACGGCCCCGGUGUGCAUAUAUGAAUAUUAUUGGCUGGUGCGCGUGCGCGCGCGCGCUUAUCUCCGAAAGUAUUAGUAUGAGUUAAGGACAAGAAUCACGGGAGUGUGUGCGACACAAAAGCGUUUCUGUGAAUAUUUAUAUUUAGGGUAGACUGGGUACGGUUGUACCAUUUUUUAGAUUUUUGCCUGUAGGCUUAAUAGGAUUUUACUUAGCCCAAUGGUACUUGUCAUAGUUUAAUGCCUAAUCAUCUGGCUACGUUUUGCCCAUAUUUUUAAUCCCUCAAGGUUACAAGUACCUUCAUAAAUCUAAAUUUUGUUGUGGGUGAGAAAUGGUACAACCGACCUCAGACCUCAGGACGGUUGUACCAGGGGGUGGGGUCGAUUGUACCAUACAGAAAUAAAACUUAUUUAUUACAAUAAACGUAUUUAUUACAAUAAAGAAAACACUCUUAAAAUUAUACUUAAAUGUCCUGCUAUGUGUGCAACAAUAAAAUUAGUUGGAAUCACAAAUAUUGCAUACGUAGCUGGGUUCUCCGUCAGUGCAUUGCUCAUGAGCCCAGUUCUUACACUCAAUAUACACUCAUAGGCAUUGAUAUAAGCGCUAUCAUCAUGUUGGCCUUUUCCUGUUUUGCGAAUACGUACUCGUGGCAUCUAAUAUAAACCAAACGUUUUACGUUUAGAAAGAAAAAGAAAUUUUACUUUAAAAUAAUACAAGGCAUGUGGUCGUUUAUACCGGUACAACUGUCCCCAUAUUAUUUGGUACAACCGUCCCCAUGUGGACAUUUUCCAAAUUAUAUUUAAUUAUAAAAAAAAUAAUAGAGAUACAAGAAUUUGAUUAACAUACCUUUAUUCUUCAAAAACCAUUUAUUUUCAAUAAACACACACGUAUAAUAUAACACGCAAGACAAGAUUUAAAAACUAAAAACAAUUCAUCAUCAAAUAUUUACUUUUGAUCUCAAAAAAUCAAAAACACGUCCUACACGCGUGUAACUGGCUUUGUGUGACUCAACUUACAACUUACAUACUUCAACUUGUAUGCGGCUACUAUCACUCCUUGAACGCAUAGGGCUGUGCUCAACUGUUCACGAGAUAUUUGCUUUGGUACUACCGCCCCCCUGGUACUACCGUACCCAGUCUACCCUACCUACGGUAGUCGUUUAAGUCUCGUUCUAAUUCUGAGUUCGUGUUGUGUUGCUAUUUUUUCUCUCGUUGUACAUAUUAAUGUCUAAGUGGCUGACUUUCACAACCCUGGCUUUUUAAAAGCUUUAAAAUCACAUUGGCGCUCUUAUCAUUUAUUUCUUCUUUAUGUUCCAAUAAAUGAAUAUCUUGUAUUAUUAUUUAAUAAAUACAUUGGAGGCAUAA